GCUUGAUGAAACAGUGGGGCCUUGUUUUAAUCAGAUUAACGGAUUAGGAUUGUUUAUGCAGAUUACUUUAUAACCCAGACUGAGGGAGAGGAGAGGGAUUCUUCAGAAGGAUUUCGGGGGUGAAGGACUGCUCCCUAUAAGCAUCUAAAAUGCCGGUCAUAAACAUUGAUGACCUGACGGACAAGGACAAGGCUUUAAUGGAAGUAAACCAACUUAAAACUGAGGUGAAACUUGAGAGGUGGUUGACAUCUAAAUGCUGUGAGGAAAUCAAGGAAUAUAUUCAGGCUGGAGAGGAGGAGGACACCCUCUUCAAAGGCAUUUCAGAGGAGAAGAACCCCUUCAAGGAGAAAGGUGGCUGUGUCGUCUGCUAGACUGGACCCAAGGAGCUUUUCAUAUAUCAGAUUAGCACCCAAUGACAUUCUCCCUCCCAUUAUAAAAUGGAUUUGCAGACUGAGAAGACUAGAGGGAUGUAAUAGAGCAAAAAAGGUUAAAACCUCAUGAGUUCGCAUGUACAUGAUUCCCCAUCGUCUGGACAUAUUUGUAGACUUCUAAUCUUGUUCUUUAAAAAGAACAUAUAUGAAUAUAUAAAAGUUGUAUUUGGCAAGUGUUAUGUAAUGCUUCUCUCUCAUGCGGCGUAUAGUCUGAUCAAAUGGGCCCAUGUGCUUGUUUCAUACACAGA